AUGGACCAAACGACGUCCAAAGCGUCCUCGGACGACGACGACAAGUCACUCGAGCGCCAGGGCAUCGAUUUUGUGACGUUGGGCAUGUUCAUCAUAGGUGAGACCUUUCUCAUAAUCGCGGAUGAGAUCGAGUAUUUACCACCCAAGCCUGCUGUCCGGGAUAUUCUGGGCGGUGCUGGCUCCUAUUCCGCCCUGGGAGCCCGGCUGCUCUCCCCGCCUCCGCUGUCGUCAACCGUGGGCUGGAUCAUAGAUAAGGGCUCAGACUUCCCGGAGUCGAUUACCACCCUCGUGGAGAGCUGGGAAACAACAGCCAUAUUCCGUGAGGAUCCUGCCCGGCUGACUACGCGUGGCUGGAACGGCUACGUCGACGAGUCCGAGCGCCGCGCCUUCAAGUACACAACGCCUAAGAAGCGACUCACGGGCGCGGACCUCACGCCGGAGCUGCUGAACUCGCGCGCCUUCCAUAUGGUGUGCAGCCCCGCGCGGUGCCGGGAGCUCGUCACCGAGAUCGUCACCCGCCGCAAGGCCGAGAUCGACCCGGACCAGUACACCGGCAAGCCCGUCAUCAUCUGGGAGCCGGUGCCGGACCUGUGCACGCCCGAGGAGCUGCUCAACCUCACCAACUGCCUGCCGAUCGUCGACAUCUGCUCGCCCAACCACGCCGAGCUGGCCGGCUUCAUGGGCGACACGGGGCUGGACCCGGAGACCGGCGAGAUCUCCACGUCGGCCGUCGAGCGCAGCUGCGAGCAGCUGCUCGGCUCGAUGCCGCUGCAGAGCUUCACGCUCGUGGUCCGCGCCGGGGAGAAGGGCUGCUACGUGGCGCGCAACGGCGGCCGCAAGAGGACGACCGGGGCCAAGAGCGGCACGAAGCGGCGCAAGAAGGACUACACUCGCGGUGGGCUGCAGCCGGAUACGGACAUGGAGGCGCUGUUCGCGGGCCUGCUGCAGGACGAAGGGGGCUCGAUCGCACGCGAGGAGAUUGAGGUGGACCCGGGCAUCGAGCGGUGGAUUCCGGCGGUGCACACUGACAAAGGCAAGGUUGUCGAUCCGACGGGCGGCGGUAAUACGUUCCUCGGCGGCUUGGCUGUCGGUCUGGCGAGAGGAAAGGGGGUUGAGGAGGCUGCGACAUGGGGCAGCGUCGCGGCUAGCUUUGCCAUUGAGCAGGUUGGUGUCCCUGAGAUAGGGAAGGAUGAGGAAGGCAACGAGACCUGGAAUGGCGUUCGAGUAGACGACAGGCUGAGAGACUUUCACGACCGGAUCGGCUGGAUUCCCACUUAA